UCUCCUCGAAGUAUUGUGAAACUGUCUCUCUCCUGCUUAUGGACUAGCUAACACACAUUGUGUAAGUGAACCACAUAAAUUGUGUGUCAUAUUCAUUCUUGUUUUCAUUUUCUUACUUUGUCGAAUCCUCCUAUUUGCCGAUCUGCAGAGAAACAGCCGUGACACCCCAAGUAUCAUUGUUUCCAUUAUUGUCGCUUCCGUUAAGCAAUUACUUAGUAUCAAAAGCAACAAACUGUCGAUUAGAUAACAACAUGAUUUGACAGGAGUAGGCUAGGGUAUCGACGAUCUCUAGGGAAUGCGAUCGUGCUGCUAUACUACAAGCUUGACAUUGGUACACUUGCCAUUGUCAGGGUUAAUAGUUAGUGAGAUCGUUAAUUGAGGGUCAAUCUUGCAAGGAAUCACAUAGAAGAUAAAAUUUAUUUUAGUUAUUAAAAUUUUAAAUUACUACUUUAUAUGUAUAUAUAUUUAUAAAAUGUAUUAAACAGCUCAAAUUAAGGAUGGCAAUGUGGCGGGUUUGCCUAAACUAUCCCCAUCACCGCUUUCAAAUAUCCAAAUCCGUACCCGCCCCAUACCCAUACGGGGAAAGAUUUUGCAAACCCAUCCACAUACCCGUGGAUUUUGGAUACCCAUGGGUAAUACCCGCCCCGUACAUCCAACACAUUAUACGUAAGACUUUACAUGUAAAAUUUUAAUUAUAAUGCUAAGCAUACAUAAUAUAUCAUUAACUCCACAAAGAUACAAUCAUUCUAAAUACGGUUCAAAUCGUAUAUCCUAAAGCAUCUAUUAAUCGAUAAGAUAGAGUGUAAUAUUUUCCAAAUCAUUAGUUUCUAACUCUGAUACAUCUACUAGGUAAUACUUAACUAACAUAAUUAUCUUGUUAACAAGAGGGAAAAGUGAAAGAAUGAAGGGAGAAUUGACGUAAAGGAAUUAGAUUUGAAUUUGGGUAGCCACUCAAUUGCAUUUCUACUAUAUAUUGUCUUAAGUUACCAACCUAUCAUUGAUAGGUUGCAAUUUGAUCCAUGUAUUUUUUAUAAGUGAAGAUAUAUUCUUGGUGGGGCGGGUAUGGGGCGGGAGAGGCUAAAACAUACCCGCCCCAUACCCAUCAAACUUUUUAUGGGGUUUACCCAAAACCCGCCCCAUACCUGAUCAAUACUGAGAUUUCCCGCGUUGACUGUAUCGAGCACGAUCGGAAAAAUUAAUAUCAAUUUUGGUCACUCAAGUUUUUAAAAUGGUCCACGUUUAGUCACACUCCGUUAACUUUAACUAUGUGACAGUCAACCCUAACAGUUGAUCGUUAAAUGUCGACGUGACAAUUAAAAAAUUAUUAAAAAUUAAUUUUACUUGUUUUUAAUAUUUUCACAUCACUAAAAUAAUAAAUUAAAAUAAAUGAAACAAAAAAUCUGCCAUUACUCCUAAUUUUCAGCAUUUUCUUCCUUCCUUCUUCUUUCCCAACUUCCUACUGUCCCUAAAAACCCGCCAUUACUCCAUCUCCCUCCUCCUCUCUGUUUCUCUUCCCAACAGAAAACCAAAUAGCCUAAUUCCUAGAUUUUUGAAACCCUAACCUUCCCCCAUUACCCUCCCCUUUUAAGCACAAUCCAUUCCUCUCUUCAAUCCGAAGCUCUCACAGAGAUGCCGACCAACGACAACAGGCAUCGUCGGCGACAUUCCCCUCCAUCUCUUCCCGGUCCGCCGCCGCCGACAUCCUCCUUCUCCCUCCCGAUCCUCUUCCUCCUCGCCCGCGAAUCCUCCCCCUGCGUCCCUCCUCCGUCCCAAUCUCUCCCUCUUCCGUGGCGCAUCCGCCCGGGCCCGACUGCCUUCUUCCUUCUCCCACCUCGCCUCCUCCAAGCCCAAGCUCAAGAUCACGUUCCACUUUCUGACGAACACCGACCUCCAUUUCACCUCGUUAUGGGAGAAAUUCUUCCGCCCGCCCUCGGCGGGACCGCUCUAACAUCUACGUCCAUGUCGAUCCGACUUCCAAUGUCUCCAACUUGGGCGGGGUCUUCGACGACAGGUUAUUAUUAGUUAUGAGAGGGACAAGCGAAGAGGAGAGAGAUUAGUCGAUUCAUAGGUUGGUUGGGUUGGGAAAGAUGACAUGGUGGGUCGGAUUUGGUUAUGUUGCAGAUUAAAAUCCGUUGAUUCGGCACUUCUGUUAGCCACUUAAAUAAUUGACUAACAGUGUU